CCUGCCUUUGGCCUGCCUCAUUCAUUUCAUGAAGGGAUGAAGAACUGCUGUUGAUAACCAGCCUGAGCAGCCAAAUGUCACUGCCUGCCUGCUGAUGUUUUAUAUGGAGAAGCAAGCAUCGGCCACUGCAGUUGUAGAGGUUGAGGAAGAAGCUCACUUUGAUAGGAGCAAGUGCUGUUAAGCUAAGGAGAAAUGGUCUAGGAUGCUGGGGAAUCUGGAAAGGCUGUGGAAAAACCAGGUGUGGAGGCAUGGAGGAAAACCGGUGAGCAUGCUGGUAUUCUGUGAACAGCUGCAAGAGAGUGCUUGGGCAUCUGCAAGCGAGAUAGAGACGGCUCCAGAUCUGCCUUGCAAGAGUCGCGUCAUGUGGCUUUAGGAGCGGAACAUCCCCGCAACCGGGCACAAGCCGCACGGCCGCAACCGCUCGGAGCAGCGGAGCGCUACCUCCCCGCUCUCCCGCAGCGCUCCGCCCGGCAGCGCCGUCGCAGGCCGGCUCUACCUGCCCGAGAUGAACUCAUCUUUUGCUAAUUCAACAUUCCAGUCCAAAAUAACAGAAGCAGCUGAUAUUGUUGUUGGAACGUGCUAUACGGUCUUUGGAAUAUGCUCCUUGUGUGGGAACAGUAUUCUCCUAUAUGUCUCCUACAAGAAAAAGCAAUUGUUGAAACCAGCAGAAUACUUCAUUGUUAACCUUGCCAUCAGUGACCUUGCUAUGACAUUGACAUUGUACCCACUAGCUGUAACCUCCAGCCUUUCACACAGGUGGUUGUAUGGAAAACACAUUUGCCUGUUCUAUGCGUUUUGUGGGCUGUUCUUUGGGAUCUGCAGUCUCUCGACACUGACAUUACUGAGUAUUGUGUGCUGCCUCAAAAUUUGUUUUCCAGCUUAUGGCAACAGAUUCAGGAGAAAACACGGGCAAAUAUUGAUAGCCUGUGCUUGGACCUAUGCAGCAAUAUUUGCCUCUUCACCCCUUGCUCACUGGGGAGAAUAUGGAGAGGAGCCCUAUGGCACAGCUUGCUGCAUUGACUGGCAAUCCACCAAUGUAGAUGUCAUGUCCAUGUCGUACACCGUCGUUCUCUUUGUUUUCUGUUUUCUUCUCCCCUGUGGAGUAAUUGUCACCUCCUACUCACUUAUUCUGGUAACUGUCAAAGAAUCCAGGAGAGCAGUGGAGCAGCAUGUCUCUGGCACCACCAGGAUAAACAACGUGCAAACCAUUACCGUCAAGCUGAGUAUUGCUGUGUGCAUUGGAUUUUUUGCUGCUUGGAGCCCCUACGCCAUCAUUGCCAUGUGGGCAGCCUUUGGAUCGAUAGAUAAGAUUCCUCCUUUAGCCUUUGCUAUUCCAGCUGUCUUUGCAAAGUCCUCCACUCUCUACAAUCCCGUUAUCCAUCUUCUUCUGAAGCCCAAUUUCCGAAGUACCAUUGCCAAAGAUUUCACAGUUCUUCAGCAGUUAUGUGUCAGGUGUUGUUUUUGUGUCAAGGUGCUGCAGACUUACAGAUCCACUUUCGACACCAGCCUGAGAACAUUCAAGGGCAAAAAUGAAUCCAGCUGUAAUGCUCUUCCGAUUAGGGAAGGAUGUUCUUAUUUUCCCUCUGAUAAGGGCAGUCAUACUUUAGAAUGCUUUAAAAGCUAUCCAAAAUGCUGCCAGGAAAGGUUAAGCACUAUGGGAUGCCACCCUCAAGAAUGUGAGUCCUUUGAAAACAACCUCCUAGUAAAAGUGAGACAGGGCAGUAGAAAUUCAGUAAAGGUCGUUGAGCAGGAAGAAAAAAGCACUGAACUUAGUAACUUGGAAAUCACCUUGGAAGCAGUACCUGUGCACUGUACAUUUACAGACCUCUAGAGCUGCUUACAUGAAGCAAUCUGCCAGUAAUGUUGUUAUACUGGAUUUAUGAAUGUAACUUCUUCUGAAAAGCCCUUCAGUUAUCCCAUUUUGUACACUAUCUUCCUGCUCUUUCUCUUGUACUCUUUGAUGGGACAUAUGCUACAGCACAGACAUGCUAUAAAUGUUGUGUGACUUUUACCGUGCUGACUUAAGUGUAUUGUGAUAAAUAUAUUCACAGAAAACACUACAUCAGACAAAUCUCUCUGCAUGUUGCAACCUCUGUAUGCUCCAUUUUCAAGAGAACACACUAAAUAUUGAGAGGUUUUCUGUGGAGUUAUUACUCCUUCUAGACUUUGUAUAUUUUAUAUCCUGUAUGUUUGGAACAAAUAACUCAAUGUAGAGUUUUAAAAGAAUGAUCUCAUGAUGUUUUACUUGUUAUAACUACUGCAAAGGUAAAUAUUGACUCAAAUGCCUAGUUUCCAAGAAGUGAUGCCAAAUGACCACAUCUUGUAUUUCCUGGGAGUCACAGGUGUAAUUUGAGAGGAAGUUGCUGUAGAUCAUUAUUUAUUAUGCCCAGUUUUCUCUAUUGGACAUCGACAUUAGCAUGGUGAAGACCUGCCCCAGAAAUAUUGUAAUGGGCAAGAAUCUUGGCUAGUGAAGAUGUUUACAAGGCAUUACAGAAAGGACAUCCUCUAUGGUCAAAAAUAUGGUGUCUCUUCAGGGAUGAAGAAGAAGCAAUCAGAAAAGGCAUCAGGAGUCUGAAUGCUUAUAAACUCCUUUCAGCGUAAGAUUUCUCCAAGGCUUCCUAAGAUAGAUACAUGGGCCCAAGUGGGAACCUAUUCCUGCAGGAAUUCCUGCACCACCACUGCAACUUGUCUCUGACCUCAGUGACAUAGGAUCCGGCUUUGAGAACUUCAGCCCAUGUCGAAAUCCUCAAGUGGUGAAUCAGUGAAAAACAGGACUGGAAGUGACGUUCAAAGGUCAUUUGGUCCUUCCUGCAUGGAGUCCCAUUGACGUCAGUGCAUGAAGUUGGGUAUGUGAAUAAGUCUCUGGAGGAUUCACCAGCACACGUACAUAUUUGGAGGCUUAAACUGAUGUAUCAUUGCAAAGCCUAAAAAUGUCACACUAUUUAAUGGCAAAAAAAAAACCCUACAAUAAUCUGUAUUGUGCAGAGGGGCCGCAUGCCUGGGUUCUAUACAGAUGUUUGAAAUCACAGCUGUAAUAUGCAGCUGUUUAAAACAAUCAGAA